AAUUAGAAAUGUAAUGUUUAUAAAAAAAAUUGCGAUAUGCUCGUGUGUACUUACACAAUGAAUUUUAUCAAUGCCUCAGCGGAAAGCUUAUAUGGUGAAGUAAUCAAUCGAAGGUAGUCAAUUAUUUUGCGGUAGUUUGCUAUGAGUUCGGUGAGAAAGGAUGCACAAGUGAAUUGCCAGUUUUAUAGAAAAAAUGCAGAACAAAGUCAAAUGUGUGGUGGUUGGUGAUGGUGCGGUUGGGAAAACCAGCAUAUUAAUGGCGUAUACUUUCAACAGUUUCCCGGCCGAGUAUGAGCCCACAGUGUACGACACGCACUCGAUAGAAGUGUUCUCCAAAGGGAAGUUCUACUCAUUGCAGCUCUACGAUACCGCGGGCCAAGAAGACUACGAUCGACUGCGACCCAUUGGCUACACAGGGACGGAUGUGUUCGCAAUUUGCUUUUCCAUAGAAGAUCGGGUAUCGAUGUUCAACGUGAAACAGAAGUGGAUUCCGGAAAUAAAGCACUAUUGCCCGAAUACUCCCUACAUUCUCGUGGGAACUAAAACGGAUCUCAGACGGAAAUAUAAAAUGACCAUUCCGAAGGAAGAAGGGAUCAAUUUCGCGAAGGCUGUUAAGGCGUUUACAUAUGUUGAAUGUUCUGCUAAAUCUCAGGAAGGUUUGCACGAGGUCUUCGACGAAGCGAUUUCUGCGACAGUUCGAUGUUCAAGUAUCAAACGUGCAAAGUGUCACCUACUUUGAAAUACAUUUUUAAAAACUCAUUAUUUUAUUAAUUGCUGAGUACAUUCAUGUAUGAAUGUAGAUAUAAUGAAUGGAAAUAGAAAGAAA